AAAGUCAGGGUCGGACAGCGUAGCUAUCAGUCGCCCGCGAGCCGUCCGCUGGUCAACAGUACCUACUAGUUACGUUAAACAAAAUUCUGUUUAAUCGAUUCAAUCAUUAAGAUGGAGUUUCUGUUUACAAAGACUGCAUCCGUAUCUUUGGUACUUGUGAUUACUCUGUGUGGAAUUGUUGCCCAGCGAUGCAAUGGCGGCGCACAGUGCGUUUUGCUGUCAGAAUGUACCGGCCUGUACACUCAACUGCAACAGCAAGGCAACACACCACAGCUGACGCGGCUACUGCGCAGUUUACAUUGCGGUUUCGAAUACGAUAACCCGAAGAUUUGCUGUCCGCCAGAAUUUGGGGACGAACCGUCUGUUGGCAGUUCCAGUAGAGUUCAAGAUUCCGCAACUCUACUGCCUGGCUACAAUGUGUGCGGUGUUCAAAAUGAAGACAAAAUCGUUGGAGGCACUCAGGCUGAUAUUGAUGAGCACCCGUGGAUGGCCCUGUUACGAUAUGAUAAACCUCACGGAUGGGGAUUCUACUGCGGUGGUGUACUAAUUUCAUCAAGAUAUAUCAUGACAGCAGCUCAUUGCGUCAAAGGCGAUGAUCUUCCGCCGAAUUGGAGAUUAUCUCAGGUACGUCUCGGUGAGUGGAACACAUCGAGCUCUGUGGACUGCGUGGAAGACGACUGUAGCGGCCCAGUGCAAGAUAUUCCCAUACAGCAGACUAUUGCUCACGAAGGCUACGACCCGUCCGAUAAGGAUCAACUAAACGAUAUAGCGCUGUUGAGACUGGCACGUAAUGCACAAUUUAACGAUUUUGUGAAACCAAUUUGCUUGCCUCUCUCUAGUGACUUGAGGCAGGCUACUUUCGUUGGCUACGACAUGGAAGUAGCGGGAUGGGGCAAGACCGAAUCACGAGACAGUCCCGUUCACAGCGAUACGUUAGCGCAGUCAGGAUCGGAAUCCGAUGUCAAGUUAAAAGUCCGUGUACCGGUCGUUAGUACGAGCGACUGCGCCAAUGUGUUCAGCAGAGUGAGUCGUCAAAUCACCAAUAAUCAAAUGUGCGCAGGCGGCGUCUCCGGACAAGACUCCUGUCGUGGGGACUCCGGUGGAGCCCUAAUGGGAAAGGUCCCUCAAAUUAGCAACUGGAUAGCUGUAGGCGUUGUGUCGUACGGGCCCUCGCCAUGCGGCACCCCUGGUUGGCCAGGAGUGUAUACCCGAGUUGGAGCUUAUAUGGAUUGGAUACUAUCAAAAUUGCGGCCAUAAAUAUAAAAAUUGACUGAUAUUUAAAAUUAGUGGGGAUAAAAUAAUGUAAAAGAGACUGAAGUUAAAAAUCUAUUUACUGAAGAAUAAACGGUGCCAUCUGAAUAAUUCCGUCAAUAAUUUCGUGAUAAAAAAACUUAGUAAAUUAGUCCUCGGGUACGGGGAAAAAUUGCUUGUAGAUAUUUUGUCAGAAUUUAAGCAUAUAGUUACGUUUGAGGUGCCUCCCUUCAGGCUCCCAGUGCCUCAGACUGCCCUCUUAUAGCUAGCGAACAAGUAUCUUUUCUUCUCUUUUUCACAAAAUAUAUCUCAGUGAUAAAAAUAAACAUUUAUAAUUAUAAUUCCUAAUUGGAUAGUCAGAGAUGAGUGUUUAAAUUUCGUCGAACACGUAGAAUUUUAUAUAGCAAGAACAGACCCUACUGUCGUUAAUUUGAUUUCAAUACUGGAGAGUUAUACAAAAAUUUUAAAUCGUGUUUCAUGAAAAAAAAAACCGACUUUAAUUAUGAAAGAACUAGUUAUAUUAACUUUGUUAAAAACUGAAGUAUUGACUAAAUCAAUUUUGAUAAAAUUUGGGAUCUCGAAAACUAUACAAGCAACCUAAGUAUAUAUUUAUUUAUUUAUUCUGAAUUAGGCACACCAACAGUAUACAUAUUAUACAUAAAUUAAAAAACAUUUCUUAUGUAGUAUGCUGAUAUGCAUACCUAUAGCAGGCGUACACAACAUUGACUACAGAUUAUAUGUAUAUAAAUGUCAUAAUAUAAUUAAUAUAAUAAAUUAAAUUUACAAUUACAUAUUCUUUAUUAAAUAAUUCAAUUAAAUAUAAAUCAAGACUGGACACUAUCAUCAAAUCUACAUGGUCUUCAGUAUCUUACCGCGAAACACUGCCAACGAGUCAUGGCUUACGUCUAUAUCCGGAUUUAUACCGCAUAUAUGAUUGUAGUUAUUGCAUAUUCUUGCAAGAGGAGCACUCAAUCCCAAAUUAGUUUUGCACAGUGGCACAUAAAAUAUCUUAUUGAUGGGAUACCUAGGGAUACCGUGAGGAACUACAUAUUUAAUUUCACUUAAAAGCUCAGGACAGUCCAUAUCAUGAUGCGUAAUCUUAUGGAGAAAUACCAAAUCAUGCAGGCGGCGACGAUCGAACAGGGUCCGCAUAGUAAAGAAUAUACUUUCAGAUAAAAAGAAUUUUUAGAUUGAUAUAUAAUUUAUAUAAAAAAUACAACCGAAUUGAGAAUACCUUUCUUUUUGAAGUCGAUUGAUAAAUUAAAAGUGGUACAGUAAGUUUUUGAUGUCGACCAUAUUUGAAUCUACGACCUUUGAAGACGUAAGUCCAGCUAGUGUGCAACUAGGCCAGCCACGUAAUAUUAAACGACUCCUAAAGUAAAUCAAUUCUGUAUUAUUUUACCAAUUACAUCUGAUUAUUUAGACUUAGGUGUGACGAAAAAUAAAACGAUAAAAUUAAAAACUUACUUUUAAUAAAAUAAUAAAAAUGUAAAUAUUAGUAAUCACUUAGGAUUAUAGGUAUCUAUAGAUAAAAUGGCAUCUCCUUGAUUCCAGGUUAACCAAUGGGCACCUUUUAUCACUUGAAAUUCCAUUACCGAGUCACUAGUGAGUCACUACUGACUUAUUUACAAAUAAUAAAAUAUGUUCCCAUAAAUACAGGUAGAAAUAUGUUUUGGUAGUUCUUUUCUAAGUAGUUACAGUUGGUUAUUAUCUGAUAUUAAAGAUAACAUAAUUAUACAUAUCAGAAGUGAUUACUGAUUAUUAAUAAUAAUAAAUAAUGGAAUGUUUGUAAUGAAUUAUUGCCUAUGUGAAUAUAAAUUAUAGUUUGAAAAUUAUAAAAAUAACUGUACAAGUUUAAAAUUAAUUCAUCUUGGCACGUAAUACUCAAAUUUGUACUGAUAGUAGCAUUAUAAUUUAAGAAUUUAUUUUAUAAAAAAUAGUUCAAACAUUACAAAAUUAGUAUGAAAUUAAUAUUAUUAUUAUAUUUAUGCUACAAAUUAUAACGUUUUCAUAAAAAAAAUCAAAGUUGGAUCAGAAAAUAAAAUCAGUAGUAUUUCUCGAUUUCAUUUCAUAAAACUUCCUUCAUUUAAUAAAUAUUUGGAAAUAUAAAUAAUCUUUUGAUUAGAUGUUUAAAAUGUAUUUUGACAAUUAAUACUGCUGACUUGAAGUAACUAUAACAUGAUUUACAAUAAAUAAUAAAGUUUAGACACUAUGUUCAGGCGGAGACAAUAUAGUCCCUCUGCUUUAGGCAAAUACCAUAUUGAAAUUAUAAAAUUAAUACAAAAAAAAUUCUUAACCUUAAAAAAAAUGUACAAAAGAUGCCAUAAUCCAGUAGUAAUAAAAUUAGGGAAAAUUAUAUAAUAAUAAAAGAUAAAAAGAAAUAUACUAAGUACAUAAAUAUUAUUGGAAUGCAUUAAUUAGGGAAUGUUUCUAUUUCUAUAGUUUACAAAUGUAUACUUUGCGAAAUGUACAAAGCUGUAAAUAUAUAUAAUUUCAAUAUAUACUGUCUUUGACACAUU